AUGGCUUCCAAGCAGAACAGACAAGCCGCUGCAGGCCCUCUGAAUCGCCGCCAUGACGACCAGUUCUCCGCCCACUCGCCCGACCAACAACGUCCCCACAACCCCCAAGUCCAGCCACGACGGGUCCCCAAUCCUUCCCUUAUAUCCCCCGAGUAUCCCAGCGUUUAUGCCAAUCGAAGCGCCACCCGUCAACCCUCUGUUCGCGUCGAAGAACUGCCGGAUGAGCCCAAUCAGCAGCAGCAGCCCCCUCCUCCAGCUCCCGGUAUGCGCUUCAACCCUACCAACUACUCGGCUGGUCGGAACGUCCCUGGCGGUCAUCCGCAAGGCCAACAAGGUCCCCCUCAUCCCGGCCAUGCGGCGUUCAGGCCCAACCAGCAGCGGGCUUUUACUCCUCAAGGUCAAGGCGGGCCCGCGGGGCCUCAGGGACCAGCCGGCGGCCAGCGGGAUCGACUGCCGCUCACCAAGGAGCAGCAGAUGCAGAUGGAGUACAAGUACAGGAUGGCGGAGGCGGCGCGAGGAGGAGGUCAGCCGGGUCAGACUGGCCCUCCCAUCCCAGGCGCGCACACCCGGCAGCAAUCCGGUCAGAGGCCUCCCCAGCCUCGUCCUCCUCAACAGGGGCAAGGUCCGCUUCGUAAAGGCGACGGUCCAUCCGCUGCUCAGGACGAUUCCGAAGUCUUGACCUUCGGCAGCGACCAGGCGAUCACUUCGAUUGAGGCUGUCAACAAGCCCGCUGUCACCGGUGGCGAUAAGCGAGGGGCUACUAGCGGAGCCAUGGUAGUCAAGGAGCUGAUACAGUUACAGAAACCCCCUCUUCCCCCUGUCCCGACUGGCCACUUCAUCGUCGCCAAGGAGCUCCUAUCUCCCUCUUCGAUCCCCUGCUCGGUCAACCAGGGCCAGCUUUGGGCCAACAGUCUCCGAUCCCAUGCGACGGCUCGUGGGGAGCGACUGGCUUCCAAGGACGAGGACAAGAAGCAUCUCCAGUGGGACGUGGUCAGCGACGCCUUUGCGAACCAGCAGGGUGGCCUGGAGGGCACCAUGUCGUUCUACAACACUCUUAUCGAGCGCUUCAACAACCUCGCCGAGAUCAAAAACACCCACCAAGCCGACAAGGAAGACCUCACCGACCGCUACCGCCGUGCUGGAGCGCAUUUUUCAACCGCGUGCGUCUCCCUGCAGACCUCCACGCACCAAGUCCGACUCCCCGAGACCAAGAAGCGCCGGCUCAUCACCGACGGGAGUGCCACGCAGGCCACUCAGGCGACUCAGGCGCAGGCGCAGGGGACGACGGGGAGGCAGUGGUGUACUGGAUUCCGAGGGAGAAGGGGAGAAGCUGUGUGUGAUGACGAAGGGGAAGAAGAGGAAGAGGAAGAGGAGGUGGAGGUAGUCAAGCCAAUCGUUCAGGAAGGGAUCACCAGGGAAGAUAGCGGUCUCAGGCGGAGGGACAUAACGGUCGAUGAGCUCGAGGAGGAAGAGGCAGAUAUCAGUGCUGUAGAUAGUCUUCUCGUUGUAUAUGGUAGUAGCUCAUGUUCUGUAUCAUAG